AGAGCGAGAGGGUGAUUCCCAAAUAAACCAACACGCAGCUUUACUCUCGUUGCUUUAAGGAGGUUAUAAAGUCUCCUUGCAAUUUUUUUUUUUUUUUUACCGAAAAGGGAUGGACGAUAACAGCGGAGGAAAAGAAAAAAUGUGGUCGAUAACAUUCUAACCUUAGGGUUUUGACGACUGGUGGAGACAGGUGAUAUAAAAACACGGUACCAUGUGAAUGGUUGAGGAACAUGAAGCUUGCACACAAACUACUGUUCGUCCUGUGUACCAUACUGGUCUUGGGGUUCAUCUACUACUCUUCUUGGAAGCUCCAUUUGUACAUAUGGGUCCAGAAGCCACAUAAAAAUGUGGAGCCCACAGUAAAAGUCAGUAAUGUCACUAGUGUUUCUGUCAGAUCCACUGUGGCCAAAGAGCCGGUGGUGGAGGGCCCUGUCUCCGUGGGACGAAUAGUAGGCUCAGGUACAGCCUCACUGCAAAGAGUGCACUCUGGUCAACAUGAGAAGCCCAGAAGGCCUGUGUUUGAUAAGCAAGGGUUCUUGCUGAAUCUGGACCCAAAGCUGCCUCCGGAGUUGAUGUACAAGUAUGGAAACCUCAGUGAAGGAGCCUGCAAACCUGGCUAUGCAGCUGCCAAAAUGAGUGCUAUCUAUCCAAAGUUUAAAAAGCCAGCUUCCAUGUUUCUGGACCGAAACUUUAAGCGGCUUGCAAAAGUUACAAACUAUUUACCUCCAUUUGGAUUCAAAACACAAGAAAGAAUCAUAGAUUCAAUAUUAACUGCCACAAAGAAUUUUGGACUGGGUCCAGAUGUAGAUAGUUUGAGUUGUAAAAGAUGUAUAGUAGUAGGUAAUGGUGGUAUCCUUAGCAACAAGUCUUUAGGAUCCCACAUUGAUGAAUAUGACGUUGUGAUAAGACUCAACGAGGCCCCAGUGAGUGGUUACACCAGAGAUGUAGGUACUAAAACAACCCUAAGAAUAACCUACCCUGAAGGGGCCAUCCAGAAGGCUGAACACUAUGAGAAAGAUUCCCUCUUUGUCUUCUCUGCUUUCAAACCUCUUGACUUUAAAUGGUUAAGACAUAUGGUCUUCAGAGAGAAACUGCAAGGAACAGAGGGCUUCUGGAAGUCUGUAGCACACUCUGUGCCCCGGAAACCCUCAGAGAUACGGAUCCUCAACCCCUACUUCAUACAAGAGGCUGCCUUCCAGUUUAUUGGCCUUCCGCAGAACAAUGGCCUCAUGGGUAAAGGGAACAUUCCAACGUUGGGCACCGUUGCCAUUACAAUGGCCCUUCAUAACUGCGAUGAGGUUGCUGUUGCUGGAUUUGGCUAUGACAUGAGCACCCCUAAUGCACCCUUGCACUACUAUGAAACGGUCAAAAUGUCUGCCAUAAAAGAGUCAUGGACUCACAACAUCUCAAAAGAAAAGGAGUUUCUCCGCAAGUUGGUGAAGGCCAACAUUAUCACAGACUUAACCAAGGGGAUUUGAACUUCCCAAGAUGGGUGCCUUAUUAGGAGGACUCAAAAACGCAGAGUCCUGAGAAACCCUGGACCAGACAACACUGAGGAGCAUGAUUUUAGAGGUGGGAGCGAUGGCUCAGUGAAGAUGCACAUGUGCCUUCUAACCGACAGGCUUCCUCUGAGUGGGACGUUGAAGGUUUCUUGAAUGUCUCAGAAGACAAUCCUUGUUUGAGUGCAGAUGGAAGAUAUCAGAGACUUUGAGUUGACCAACACACAAACAGCGCUUGAGGAACGAGUCGUAACAUUAACUGAUUGUGCCAAAUUUACCUCUAUCGCAGGAGAUGCCCCUCCUCUCCUGCCUGAAUGUAUUAACGGUGUAAAUAUCAAAGAUUUUUACAGUGCAUUUUAAUGAACUGCUACGGCCCCUGGGGUUCUGCCUUCACACGUGAUUCUCCGUCCAGGGCAAUCAGUGCAUAUCCUGCCCUAGUGUGAGGAAGGGCAGAGGCAGGUCUUUGAUUCAGCCCUUCUUCUGAGCACAGGAGGCUCUUUAUCUCCUGAAUGUGAGCUUACUAUGUUACAGCUUCUUUUGUCUAAGAAAGGAGCUGAGUCUCUAAGUUAUUUAUUUUGCUGCACAGAUGAAGGAAUUUGUUUUUUGAAAGCUCCCUUUCCAAAAUUAAUUAUGAAUACCACAAUGUUCUAUAGGUGGGACACUGAGUACCUAUUAGGGGUGCACCGAUGCCACUUUGUUUCCAGUCUAAUUCUGAUACCUGAAUUGUUGAAACUUGCUAAAUACACACAACUUAAUUAGAAGCAGAAAACAGGCAAACACGUAUGUAUUACAUGCUACUGUUCAAAAGAGUGGAAUCGUUUUUUUAAUCUUAUAAUUAAUCUUAUUCACCUAGAAUGCACUAAAUUAAUCAAAAGUGUCAGUAAAGAUUUUAACAUUAUUACAUUAAUUCUGUUCAAAUUUCAAAUAAAUGUUUUCUUUUUUAUAGUAGAGCAUAAGAGAUGAAAAAACCUCAUCAUGUGCACGAAUGUAGUAAGAACCACAACAUUUAGAAACUACAAAUUUCAGCAAAACACAGGCAUUUUACAUACAGAUUAUGCAUAAUAAUUGGUAACAUUAGGACAUCUCAAACAGGGUUUUACCGUUCUGACUGCCGAAAUCAAAAAUGCUAAAAUAAAUAAUGACAAUUGACACAUAUUCUGUGCUACUGUUCAAAAGUUUAGGUUCAAUUUUUUAUUUAUUUUUUUAUUCAUUUUAUUUAACAAUGAUGUAUUAAAUUGAUCAAAGUGGCGGUAAAGAAUUUUCCGUUGUUAAAUUAGAAAUUCAAUUUCAAAUAAACGCUGUUUAAUAUUUCAUAUUACUGUUUUUACUGUAUUUUUGAUUAAAAAAGAGCAUAAGAGACAGCUUUAAAAAACAAACAAAAAUAAAAAAAACAUCCAGUGUGCCAGUUUGAGCAAAAACACAGCAGCAAGAACUACAACAUUCAGAAACCGCAAAAAACCUAGGCAAAGUACAGUCCUUUUAAACAAAAACAGACAUUUUAUAUAAAGAUUAUGCAUGACAUUGGGACAUCUCAGUCAAGGUUUUUACUGCUCAUACCAUUUCUGUGAAAAUGUAAUGACUUAAAUGCCCAUCCUUUUUGUAGUUAGACAGUAACAACCAUGGGUAAUGCACAGUUUCUGAUUUAAAAGUUCCCAUGUUAUCCAUAUCUGAUCUUACCAAAAAUGUCUGUAUCGAAGCUGAUACGAUCCAGGUAUUAGAUUGGUGCAUCCCUAGUAAAUAUUCAAGACAGACCUCAAAAUCAGCUGAUGUUAUGGUACACUGCCAUCCUGAAAUCUGCCUCUUUACUUUCAAAAGGCAGCAGUUUGAAACCAACACACUAAGGAGGACUAUUUUUAAGUUAUGAAUUUUUGUACUAUUUUUUUUUUUUUUUUCCUUUUACUUGAUUCAGUGCAUUAUGGUUUUUGAGCUGUGAGCUUUCAGAGAAAGCUGCAACAUGGGCAGAGUCCUGGAAACAUACCAUUGCACUAACCAACAGAGUUUCAUCAUAUUAUGCUAAAAAACUACACAAUCAUAGAUGUGCAUUAUAUCUGGUACUCGGCUCAUCAAGCAGGGAGCAGUCUCCCGUCAUCCUGACGGUCCAAAACACAUUUGAAAGAGUUCUUUACUCUUGUAGAAAGGUGCAUUUAUACUGUGCAUUAUACCACCAAUCAGCAUUAUUAUAAUGAUCAUUUGGAGUUAGAAAGACAAGAGUAUUAUUGUUUAUAUAUAAAUAAAAUAUAUAAAAUACCUCUUUAAGUUUUAAUAAAAUAAAUGUGCUGGGCAGUUUGGCUCUAAACUGAAAUUUUCCGACUAUGUGUCUUAUCUUUAUCUUUCUGUCAUUUUCAAAGAUUCUCAGGAAACAGUUAAUCAUUUUGUUCUUACACAAGUCAAAUCUAGCAGUAUCUCAAAGAUCUGGUGUGCCUUGCAAUAAAUCACAUUAUAAUAAAUCAAGAACAAACCAUUGCA